AUGGAGUCUUUAAAGGGGCCUCCAAUGGAGGAGGCGGACUCGGGGAUGUUUCUUGAAUCCCCGCUGCUGCGGAUGUCGCAGCUGCCGGGGAUCGGCUUAGAGGCUCUAGUUGUUGCUGCAGCAAGACGUAAAGACAGUGCAGGGUUUAUGGGUUUAUGCCGCUCUCUUGCCAGCAGCAAAGGUCCAGCCGCCGCAGCAGCAGCGCUGCAGGAAGCGCAUGCACUACACUGGGCAGCCUUCUUAGGCUCUGAUCUUCUUCUUACUUAUCUUCUACAAGAACUUGGUUGCUCCCCUACACAUCAGGAGGAAGCUUCUCUGGAGACUCCAAUUUAUUUUGCAAUUAAGGCGGGCAACUUCGAGGCGGUUCGUUGUCUGCUUGCUCACGGUGGUUGCACGUUGCUGCAGCAUCAGAAUCGGCAUAACAUGACGCCCUUCCUUGUUGCUGCUGGAGAAUUCGCUGAGGAGAAAAUUGGCGAUGCGCUGCGCAUCUUGGAACUUAUCUAUCUCCACGGAGUCUCUUUAGAGGAACAGGAUGACACUGGACAAACCGCCUUAAUGUGGGCAGCUCGUCGUGGUUCGUUGCCUAUUCUUCAGUGGUUAUUAUCUAAGGGAGCGAAUCUAAAUCACCGCGAUUGCUCGGGUAGCACAGCAUUGCAUGCAUGCGUGUCUGGAUGUGGGGCUGAGGAUUGCAUGCUGUUAUUAUCAACAUUUAUAGGUUUAUUUGCUAUGACGGUCUUCCUUAGCACCAGCAGCAGCACCACCACCAGCAGCAGCAGCAACAGCAGCAGUAAUAGUAGUAAUUGGGGGCUGCAUGCAGCUGCUGCUAUAGGCAUGUGGGGGGCUACACAAGUCCUAUGGUUUAUUACAUUCAAAGCCGAUCCCGGGAUCGUCCCCGCAAGUCUUAAUCGUAUUAAAAGUCAAUUCGCCUCUGUACACCCGAGGUUUACUCGUGAGGUUUUAAAUGGACUUCGAUGGCCAUUAGGCCCUUCUUAUGGUCCUUAUCAUUCCCAGCUCGAACAGCUUGACAGGCAGAAGUUAUUAACAAACUUAGAGUUAUACGAGUUGAAUGCAUUAGGGAGUGUAUGCAUGGAGGAUUCUUCUUCUGCUGCUGCUACUGAGGAUAGCAGUCGUAUAUCUGCUGCAGCAGCAACAUUAGAUCAAUUACGUGAAUCUGCAUGGCAACUGCAGCAAGCAGUAGCAGCAGAAAGACAGCAUAGACUAAAUGAGGUGUAUAUACACUCCAUCAUGAAUGGAUCUUCUGCUGAAUUAAAACAAAUUUGUGUUACUUGUAAUAUUAUUAAACCUAAUCGUGUUCAUCAUUGUGCUGAAUGUGCACAUUGUCUACUCCGUCAAGAUCACCACUGUAUGUGGGUAGAUAAUUGUAUAGCAGCAGGAAACACUCGUCCUUUUGUUUGUUUUCUUUUUUGUAUUUCUCUCUCUAUUAUUGAAUCUUUCUCUCUUACGUGGUUAUAUGCUGCUGAGGCUAUCACCUCUCCAUCCCAAUGGUUAUGGUUGCUCAUAUGCUUAUGCCUCGCCAUAUCUAAUUUUGCAUGGCUUCUUUUUGCUGUUUAUUUGUUGCUGCGUACAACGCGAACAAUUUUAUCUAAUGUUACUUACUUUGAGUUCUUAAAAAAGCCUCCGCAUAUAGUGGAGAGGUUUGGAGGAAAGACAAGCGGCUGGUUGUGGGAGUUAGGAGGUUUAUCUCUUCCUGCAAUUUUUAGGAACGUAAUAUGGUUUUGGCAGAAUUCUCCAAACUGA